AUGUCGCUCGCUGCUCGAAGGAUCGUCCUCAUCACCUCUCGGUCAAGGCCCGCUAUCUCUGCUCAACGAAGAGCUGCCUCUUCGGCCUCCCAUGGUCACCAUGAGCAUGACCACCACCAUGAGCAGGAUUCCACGGUUUAUCCCGCAGAAAGUUUUGGAGGCAGGUUUUGGAGAAACGUGGUCCUCGUGUCCAUUGCAGGCGCCCUCGGACUUAAGUACGCCCCCGAACCGAGCGAGAACGUAUACCUGACGCGGUGGAUUGCGAUGUACACUGCGCCGCGAGACUACUGGCUGUCGCUGAAUGCAAAGCACACGGCGCAACAAGAGGAAUACGCGCGGGUUGGGCUGUUGGUGAACGAUGCCCAGCGACCACCGGUGCACAGGUUCCGAUACCCCCAAAUGCUGGACCAGGCGUCUGCGUUUCUAGUGCCUGUUGGAUCUGAUGUGGAUGUGUCUAGCGUAGUGCCCAAGGUGUAG